AGUUAUGGAUUCAUCAAAAAUAACUCUCCGUCCAUACAGAUCAACGGACGUUGAUGAUGUACUGUCAUGGGCAUCUGAUGAUCGCAUAACCCUAUCCACCCAUUUCAGCACGUUGACUUCCAAUGAAGCUGCGUUGAACUUCAUCAAUGAAUCCUCCAUCCCUUGGCGUCCGAUCGAUCGGGUUGGUGGUGGCCCGACCUGGAUCGGGUGAUGACAGGUGUCGAGCUGAGAUAGGAUAUGUUUUAGGAUUUGAGUAUUGGGGACACGGGAUCACAACGGAGGCUGUGAAGAUGGCAAUUCCUUUGAUUUUGGAAGAGUUCCCUGAAAUAGUAAGGCUUCAAGCAUUAUCUAAUGCUGAGCAUAAAGCAUCACAUAGAGUAUUAGAGAAGGCUGGGUUUAUAAAAGAUGCUACGUUAAGAAAGUAUUUAUACUUUAAAGAUAUGAACUCCUCAAGAAUUAGUCUGCGUCCAUUUAAGUUAACGGACGUUGAUGAUAUGAUGUUAUGGGCAGGCGAUGAUCGCGUAACUCAAACCAUCCGAUGGGAUACUUUGACCUCAAAAGAAGAGGCAUUGACCUUCAUCAAGGAUGUAUGUAUACCCCACCCUUGGCGUCGAUCUAUAUGCAUCGAUGACCGUUCCAUUGGAUUUGUAUCUGUAUUCCCAGGAUCAGGUGACGAUAGAAGUCGAGCUGAUGUCGGAUAUGCUGUUGCUUUUGAAUAUUGGGGGCAAGGGAUUGGUACUGAAGCACUCAAAUUGAUGAUCCCUCAAGUGUACAGUGAGUUUUCUGAAGUAAUGAGGCUUCAGGCAUUGGUUGAUGUUGAGAACAAGGCAUCCCAAAGGGUAUUGGAGAAGGUGGGAUUCAUCAAGGAGGGAAAAUUGAGAAAAUAUGGAUAUCACAAGGGGAAAUUAGUGGAUCUGUUCAUGUACAGUCUCUUAUCCACUGAAUCGAUUUACUGAUACCACUGGCGCAAUUCUUUCUUAACAUGUAAUUGGAAAUUAGUCUAUCGUUCCAGGUUGUUUUCACUUGUAAAAUGUGAAACUCCGGGGGACAAUGGCUAUUUUGAGAUCUUUCUAUCAAAUUUAUGAAUUCUUGGAGAGAUUACGAGCUAUCUUUGACA